CAUGUUUUACAACGUAAUCCUUCUAGGUAAAUCGAUGGUGACUGACUGACACCUUGCACGAUCCUAGAAAACCCUUCAUCUUCGGCAUCAAAUCACCCUCAACAACAUCUCAAAAUCCAAUCUUGUUUCGACCCACUACACCCAAUCCCAAUUUACUCGCUCAUGUUCCUCAAGAUUCACCUCAUAAAAAAUGAGGAGGGCUGGCGAAGGAAUUAUGGUCAAUAGAUCGAGUUAUAAUCGACACCACUUGAAGAAAAUCAAAGGGUUCUUGAUCAGAUUCAAGAUUACAGCUAUCUUGAUUGUGGUUUUGAUCAUCUACUUUGUGUUUUUUGCCAGCAAGAUCAAUCAUGUGCAGCCAGAAUCCCCACCUGAGAUUAGUGUGCAAAAACUAUGGGGUACUGUCGAUUCUAACGGUUGGAGGCCGUCAUCAACACCUAGAUCUAACUGGCCUCCUCCUCCAAAUGAAAGCAACGGGUUUUUGCGUGUUCGGUGUAAUGGUGGUUUAAAUCAGCAGCGGACUGCGAUAUGUAACGCGGUUCUUGCUGCCCGAAUAAUGAAUGCCACCCUUGUGCUGCCCGAGCUUGAUACGAAUUCCUAUUGGCAUGAUGACAGUGGUUUUCAAGGUAUAUAUGAUGUUGAUUAUUUUAUCACGUCAUUGCGGUAUGAUGUUCGUGUUGUCGAAAGCAUCCCCGAAAUUAGGAAACACGGAAGGACAAAGAAGAUAAAAUCUUUUCAGCUUCGUCCACCUAGAGAUGCUCCUAUUAGUUGGUAUACAACGGUUGCUUUGGAGAAAAUGAAGGAACAUGGUGCUAUUUAUCUCACACCAUUUUCUCAUCGAUUAGCCGAAGAGAUCGAUAAUCCGGAAUAUCAACGGUUAAGAUGCAGAGUCAACUAUCACGCCCUUAGAUUUAAGCCGCAUAUCAUGCAGUUAAGUCAGUCAAUAGUUGCUAAACUUCGCUCACAAGGUCACUUCAUGUCAAUACAUCUUCGGUUUGAAAAGGACAUGUUGUCAUUUGCCGGGUGUUUUGAUAUAUUUACUCCUCAUGAACAAAAGAUAUUGAUGAAAUACCGAAAGGAAAACUUCGCUGACAAGAAACUUGUUUAUAGUGAAAGAAGGGCUAUCGGAAAAUGUCCUUUAACUCCAGAAGAGGUUGGUCUUGUUUUACGUGCAAUGGGAUUCAACAACUCGACUCGAAUAUACCUUGCAGCCGGUGAACUAUUUGGUGGUGAGCGGUUCAUGAAGCCGUUUCGAGCCAUGUUCCCACUGCUCGAGAACCACAGCACCGUCGAUUCAUCUAGCGAAUUAACCGACAACACACAAGGCUUACUGGGGUCAGCUGUUGACUACAUGGUUUGUCUUUUAUCAGACAUUUUCAUGCCGACAUAUGACGGGCCAAGCAACUUUGCUAAUAACCUUUUGGGCCACCGCCUCUACUACGGUUUCCGGACCAAUAUCCGGCCCGACCGAAAAGGUUUAGCUCCACUUUUUAUUAAACGUGAAGCUGGCCACGUUGAUGGUUUUGAAGAGGCGGUUAGGCGCGUGAUGAUGAAAACUAACUUUGGUGGGCCCCAUAAGCGAGUGUCACCCGAAUCGUUUUAUACGAAUUCGUGGCCCGAGUGUUUUUGUCAAGUAUCCGGGUCGAAUCCUGAUGAUAGAUGCCCGGCUGAUAAUAUGAUGGAGAUACUGGAGGGUGAGUUACAGAGGGAUAUGACCAAUGUGACCACCUCCAUCGGUGAUGAAUAAUAAUAAUAACAUUAAAGAUUGAAUUGGUUAUUUUGUAUCCCAAGCUGCCAUGAAGAGGGGUUUGUUAACACUUACCAUAGAAUCUGAGGUUUUAACAACAAAAUAUGAGGCAUACGAUGAAUGAUUACAACUUACUGAGCAUGGCACAUUUCCUGGACUGGAGAAGAGAGCAGCAUGGAAUUUUAUUGUUCUUUAGUUUGUACUAAUUCACAUUAUAUAUACCUCACAUAGCAACUGUAUCCUAACAGCUAAUGCCAGUAUUUUUAUUUGUAAAAUAAUGUCAAAUGAAAUAGAACUA